CUAGCUCGUCAACUGACGAUUCUUCGACGGAUUCCUCUGGCGAAAGCGACGAGCUUUCUCACGAUGAGGACGACUUAGAAGGGUCGACGAGUCGUGGGGACUCAGAAGGAGAUUGGCUGAAUAAACAACAGACUAGACAGAAAAAUAACAAGCGAACCGAAGACGCAACUAAGAAGGGGGAUGCUGUGAUCACUAAUCUGAUGGAUAACCUAAUGGACGCACUGAAUCCUGCAGAUAUAGAAAGACAUGUACGUCGUGAAAAAGAACAAGAGGCUGCGGCAAGAAAGGCUAAAAAAGAUGAUGGUGGAGGAAAGGGAAAUCCACGUAGGAACAAAGCUAAGAUGAAUCAGCAUAAUUUGGAGAAACUCCCCAGCAUCGAGGCAGCUGCUUUCGAUGAAGAUGACCCAGAAUGGCGUGACACAAUUGCUAGACGGCUGUUCCCGGAUCCUGAGGACUUUGAUGAAAGUAGCAUCCCAUGCGGAGGAGAAGAAGACCUAAUCAGACCACCUUGUCAGCCGUUUCAAGGACCAAAUCCACCAGAGAUCUUCCUAAAGAGACAGAACAACAAGACGGGCAAAGGGAAGAAGUCUGACUCAAAGAAGCCAGUUGCACAAAGCUGUCACGUUGACUUGGCGCUGUUGUCAUCGGAAAAUUCUGCCUCUCCUGGACAAGCGCCGCUCCUACCUAUCUCCCCGCAUGGCAUGUUGGGCGAGGGGAUACUAGAUGAUAGUGCGUUUAACCCUCCACCACGAGCCUCUACCUCCAGACCCGAAAAGAAACAGAAACGCACUGAAAAACGUCGAAACAAGCUAUCUCCUGAUCGUUCUGAGGAGCAAGACGCACCAAAGGAGCUGCGUACUAGUGCAGAAAACGGAAACGCAGAACGACCAUCCCGUCGCCCGCGUGAAGCAAGGCAUCCGCCGUCACCGCCAGUUGUAGGAGAAAAUGAACUAGAAGAGGCCUCUCCAGCAGUUGAACAAGAGCAAGCCCCUCAAGAGCCUCCUGUUACUAGAAGACCACAAGAAGCACCAAAGAAGCGUGUUCUCGUCAGCAGCAAGCGUUCGACACUGCCGCCUCCAGCUUCACCUGAGCCGACCGUUCAGGUCCCCAGUCGUCCUCAACUGCCAACGCGAGUUGUUGGCCGUCCUCAACUGCCAACGCGAGUUGUUGGCCAUCGCACCAUACACACGCCGCUGCGAGAGCCUUUACACGAUUUGAGUUCCGAGGAGGCAGGCCGGUCACCGCCUCUUGGUGCUGCAUGUUUGCGUGAGCCUAAUUAUAUUUCGUCCUCCAGAGGAUCUAUUGCUGAGAAUACAAGUCAGGGACGAAGAGGAGGACGCGAUAAGAAACGAGUCAAGAACACCACACAGCGCGAUCAUGUGGUCAGAUCUGAAGAUAGUGAUGACACUUCGAGCAGGCAAGAUGCGUCUACUCAGAGGAGCAGGGAUGGAUCUGCACUAGCUGUAGGGAGACGACUGGCGAAGACUGGAGCUCGAUCGACAUGUGCAGCUAGAGGACACGGGAAGCAUGAGCAUAGAGAAGGAGAUCAGGGGCAACGUCAAUCGCGUCGCCAAGUAGUACGGCGCAACAUAGCAACCCCGUCUUCCAGCGAAUUCGAAAUUGCGCGUCGUGGGCAUUCAUCAUCUUCUAGUGAGGGAGCUAAAUGAUGGAAUCAUGAUCGCCUACUUCAUGUGGGGGUCAGCUAGAUAUUAUAUCAUGCGCGUGAUAUUUGUGGAGCAACAUCACUUGAUCAAUUUUUGUCUUUCUUGUCAUUUUCCACAUCAUUACUUCUACACCCAGAUUGCCUCUCAAUAUCUUAUACCUUUUUGGCCCUUAUUAAUGCCAUUGAUGAUGUGAAACUUGUGUAACUCACCGCCGUGAGAAUCACAAAC